UCAUGCAGAAAUCAGAGAGAAAAAAAGGGAAGAGAAAAGGCAGGCUGCAAUAACUGAAACCAUGCUCCAAUCUAUACAACAUCAAACACAAAGAAUCAAUCCCCUCAAAAAGAAAUCAACAUCAUUUUAGAUUCCUUCCUAUUGAUCAAGAAUUGGGAGGGAGUGGAUGAAUAAGGUAUGUACAUCAUGCGGCGGAGGGGUUCUGAGAAUGUUCGUUCGAUGAGAGAAAUGGAGGGCGAAUUGGAAAGGCUCUCGUCGAAAAGCUCCCACAUCUUCUCUACUAGCAUUCUUCCACCCCUUGGCGCCCCUAGCAACCGCAAGCACAAGCUUCGUCCCUUCACCAUCUCUCCUUUUGAUCCUCGUUACAGAACCUGGGAGACGUUCCUGGUUAUACUGGUCUUCUACACAGCAUGGGUGUCUCCUUUUGAGUUUGGCUUCCUUAGGGGACCUAAGGGGCCUCUCACCAUCACUGACAAUAUUGUAAAUGGACUUUUUGCCAUUGACAUUGUUCUUACAUUCUUUGUUGCGUACCUCGACAAAUCAACUUAUCUCCUCGUUGACGACAGAAGGUUGAUUGCUUUGAGAUAUGCAAAAACAGGGCUAGUUUUGGAUGUGAUCUCCACAAUACCGUCUGAACUUGCAAGGAAGCUUUUGCCCGCCCAUCUGGAAGCAUAUGGAUACUUUAGUAUGCUUCGUCUCUGGCGUAUCAGAAGAGUCAGUGCAAUGUUUCAGAGAAUGGAGAAAGACAAGAACUAUAACUACGUGAUGGUUCGAAUAGCAAAGCUUACAUGUGUCACUCUUUUUACGGUUCACUUGGCUGCAUGUAUCUUUUAUCUUCUUGCCGAUAGGUACAAAGACCCUAAGCAGACAUGGAUUGGGCUUAGCAUAGAAAACUUUCAUGAAGUGCCACUGUGGAACAAUUAUGUUACGUCCGUUUACUGGUCUAUUGUCACCAUCACAACGAUAGGCUAUGGUGAUCUUCAUCCUGUGAACACGGGGGAGAUGAUAUUCGAUAUUUUCUACAUGUUCUUCGCCAUCGGGCUGGGAUCUUACACAAUAGGAAACAUGACCAACUUGAUUGUAGAAACAACCUUCAAAACUAGGAAAUUCAGAGAAGCUAUCUAUGCUGCCUCAGGAUUUGCCAAAAGGAAUCAACUGCCCACUCGGCUGCAAGAUCAGAUGAUUGCUCAUAUGAGCCUCAAGUACAGAACUGAUUCAGAAGGGCUGCAGCAGCAAGAAACUCUUGAUGCACUUCCAAAAGCUAUUCGUUCGAGUAUAUCACAUUUCCUGUUCUAUUCCCUCGUUGACAAGGUGUAUUUGUUCCGUGGGGUGUCAAACGACCUGCUCUUUCAGCUGGUCACCGAGAUGAGGCCUGAGUAUUUCCCCCCAAAAGAAGACAUAAUUUUACAAAAUGAAGCACCUACAGAUAUGUAUAUUCUGGUUAAUGGGGCAGUGGAUCUUCUUUCACUCAGAGACGGAAAGGAAAGGGUUGUCGGGGAAUUGAGGACAGGAGAUGUUUGUGGUGAAGUAGGUGUUCUCUGCUACAGGCCUCAGAUUUUCACUGUUCGUACGAAACGUUUGAGUCAGCUGCUGCGGUUGAACCGUACUGCAUUGAUGAAUAUUCUUCAGGCUAAUAUCGGAGAUGGGACAAUAAUCAUGAACAAUCUGCUUGAGCAUCUUAAAGAGUACAAAGACCCUGUGAUGCAUGAAAUUUUGGCCUACACGGAGCACAUGUUGGCUCAUGGAAGAAUGGAUAUGCCUCUGAGCCUAUGCUUUGCAGCUGCCAGGGGCGACGAUCUAUUGUUGCAUCAUUUGCUGAGGCGAGGCUUGGAUCCAAACGAGCUGGACAACAACGGACGAAAUGCUUUGCAUCUUGCAGCAUCAAAAGGGUUUUUAGAAUGUGUGCUUCUACUUCUGGAUUACGGAGCAAACCCCAAUACAAAAGAUUCUGAAGGAAAUGUUCCUCUCUGGGAUGCAAUAUUGGGGAAGCAUGAGGCGGUCAUAAGAGUACUUGUUGACAAUGGGGCAACGUUGUCUUCUGGUGACGUGGGUGGAUUCGCCUGCUAUGCAGCCGAGCAGAACAACAUAGAACUACUCAAGGAGAUCACCAAAUUUGGGGGGGAUGUAACAUUGCUUAAUUGCUCUGGAACCACAGCUCUGCACACAGCUAUAUCUGAAGAAAAUGUCGAAAUUAUCAAGUUUUUGAUGGAACAAGGAGCUGAUAUAGAUAAACCAGACGUGCACGGCUGGACUCCACGAGCCUUAGCCGAUCACCAGGGCCAUGAAGAGAUCAAAGCCUUAUUUCAAACCAAGCAGAAGUCCAAGAACCAUGUCAGACACUCAGAAAAUGAGCAAGCGCCUUAUUUCAAGCUCAAAAAGUACUCAAGCGAACCGGUUAUCCCUCCUGUUAACAAAUCAUUAAGUUCUACUGACUUAAGCUCGUCUAAUGAUCGUUUAAAAAGGAAGCCGAGCAACUUCCAGAAUUCGCUUGCAGAGAUCAUCACGGCCAGCCAUAAACAAAACAUUGAAGGAGGAAAGGCUACGUCUCGAUCUUCCCUCACUCCUGGUACAGGCAAGAACUGUGCUAGAGUGACUUUGAGUUGUCCCGAGAGGGGAGAUAGGAUUGGAAGGCUGGUCUUUUUGCCUGGAUCUCUUGAGGAGCUGCUGGACUUGGGAUAUCAAAAGUUCGGUAUCCGUCCCACAAAAGUUCUAACUGAAGGUGGAUAUGUGAUUGAAGACUUGGCUGUAAUAAGAGAUGGAGAUCAUCUCAUUCUGUCUAGUGAAGGUGGAUCCCAAGUAAAGAUGCAAGAUUUUGCUUAGAAUUUUGUACAAGCAACCUUGUAAAAUGCAAGGGAUAAGGAAGUUAAGUAGUUCACUGUCAGUCUUCUUUGAAUUCUGUUUAUGAUCUUUGUUAUGGACUAUAAAAAUAUUGAUCAAACUCUUACUGCUAA